ACUGGAAAGAAUACAAAUUUUAAAAGUUGGAAAAAUAAAAACAAAUAGGAAAAUAGUAGACUUUCACAACAAAAGAGAGGCGUUUUAUAAAUUUUUCUAGCAGAUAUGACAUAGGACAUAUUAUUUUAAUGCAAAGCAGAUGAAGAACUACCCUACUAGUCUAAACUACGCCCGUUAACCUUUAAUCAUUUGAAUCCCUUAAUCCUCUAAUCAUUGGAUCAUUAACAUUCAAAUAUCCUGGAAGACUGGCUUAUCUGUAUUUUAAGAGGAAGCCGGUCCUAUAUUUUACGUCGGUUCUUUGACCAUUCAUUGGAGCUCUGGUUUUCAGCCUCUUUCCGGGCUACCUUGUAGCAAUUUGAGGGUCAGUCAUCAGUUUCUGCUUGGUUUCAAAGAUCCAGGAGAAGCUUAGUGUUGUUCAAGACGCAGAUGGACCCAUCACAGCAGUUUAAUCCAUCCUCCAUCCCGGAGUCUUCACAAAUGCUGACUGAAGAAAAUUCUCGGGACGAUUCAGGGGCCUCUGAAAUCUGCUCUGAGAUGUUGAUACAGAACCUUAGUAACUUGACUAUCAACGCUAGUAACGAAUCCCGUUCCCCUCUACCAGAAGAUUCACUCCAUCGAGCAAGAGCAACAAUCCUCAGGGAAACCAGAGAUGACUUGCUUUACAGGAGGGGAGGAGUAAGAACAUUGCUGUCUGUGCAGAAAGAAAGGAUAGCAAGAUUCAGAUACAUGUUACUCGGCAGAGUUCGUACGCAUGAAGGAAUACUGACAAACACUGGGCUUAAGGGAGUUAGGAAGGAAUCAAGACCAUUCAAAUGCCCCUGCAGUUUCUGCGUGUCCAAUGGAUGGGAUCCUUCUGAGAAUGCUAGAAUAGGGAAUGAUGACACCAAGCCACUUCAGCCAUAAAACUUAUUCUUGCACCUUUUUCUUCUUGCUGGUAAUUUUAUAUAGCAGGCUGUGAAAGCUACGCUGUGCUAGUAUAGACUAUACACGAAUAAUAUUAAUGAGUUCUAGGAUGUGUUUUUCUUCAUGUAUCUUUUUCUUCCUACUAUGAUACUAGUAAUUUGUAAGGGAUCUGUGUAAUUUAAAUGUAUUUGAAUAACUUUAGCUCUACUGUUUGAUUUGACCCAAAGACGAUAUAAGUAUUCCCAUGUGUCUUAGAAGCCCAAAGUCAGUGAGAUGAAACCCAACAUCAAGAAACUGAAGCAAAGUUACUUGUGGAUAAAGAAAGCAUUAGGUAGUUUGGCUAUAGCAUAAUAACUAGAUUUUCUGGCUUUCAAAAAUUUGGAUUGCAAUCACAGCAAACUUAUUUUUACAGUUUUCAGUACAAAAAGGUGUUUAUAUAGAAACAAUAAAGUUGACAUUUGAGUACCUUUAAAAAAAAAAAAGAAAAUAGUAGACUUUCACUCAGUCAUAUAAAUAACCACAUUACAUGUAAAUGGAUUAAUCGCUAUAAUUAAAAAUUGGAGAUCAUCAGACUAGAUAAAAAAGCAAGUCCUAACUACAUGCUGUUUACAAGAGAUGUUUUAACUAUAAAGAUCUGGAGAGUCUUAGGAACACUUACACCUAUUUUGCUUUGUGCUAUUUAAAAAUAAAAAGAUAGAAAAUUAUAUUCCUUACAAACACUAACUAUAGGAAACCUGAAUUAGCUUUAUUAAUAUCAGACUUCAAGAUGAAGUGUAUCACCACAUUAAAGAGGGAUAUUUCAUAAUAAUCGAAGAGUUAAUUCAUCAAGAAGACAUAACAGUCCUAAAUGUGCACAUACCUAGUAAUAGAACUACAAGAAGCAAAAACUAACUGAA